AUGGAUUUUAUCCUCUCUCUCACGCACUUCUGCGAAGUGCAUGGCCCUACCUCUAUCAUCUGCUCCCAGGUCCUCCCCUUCGCCUGCACACAAUGUCACCCCGAUACCGAGGCCUCGCCCUCGCCCGACACCACCUCCCACUCCCCGCGAGAGUCUAGGUCGCCCAAAUCCCCCGGCGCCACUUUUGAACCCUCCGGAUCGCGUUCACCAAAGAUCGAAGACCACCCUUACUUCCUCCGCCCUCAACAGUCGGCAUCCCCCGAAGAGCGACCAAACCGGGUCGGCCCCACGGACGGUGACACAUGCGCCAGCUGUAGCUUGUCUCUCCCCGAAGGUGUGAGCAAGCAGCUACCUUCGGGUGCACCCGGUAGUCGUGAUGCCAACGGCAGCAGCAACGGCAGCCCGGUCUUGCGAUCGCGCGAAGUCGUCUACUCUUGCGGCAACAAUCAUUCUGACCUCGAUGACGACACUCCGGAUUCUCACACCCACGCCUCUCCGCCAGAUUCUUUGCGCUCGGCCUCAGUCGCAUCCGACGCAUCAUCAUGUCACACUCAUAUCUUGACCUAUCUCUCCCUCCGCGGCCCUCCCAACCCGGCCGACUAUGCCCUUCUCCGCCGCUCCUCCAUCCGCACCCUGAGCUGUGAGCUCCUGCCCCGCGGCCUGUCCUCCGGCCCUAUCUGCUUUGGUGACUCUGUGGCUGGCUACACGAUCGCCUACAUUUUCCGCCUUCCUGACCCCAUGGCACGCGGCAAGCGACGCAGUUACGCAUUGGUGGCUCUCGCCGGGAAGGAUGCCGGAAGAGCAUUCCGAGCCUGUCCCGUCAUCUGGCGCGCAUUCGGGCGCAUCGCCUCUGGCAUUGUCAGCGCCGCCGAGCGUUUCCAAGAUGAAGAGAAGAAGCGCGAGGAGCAGAAUAAUGCUACCUCUCAGUCUGGCGACCGCCAGUACACUCCGGUCUCCUCGUUCCUGACCGGUCGGGCUAGGGACCCGGCCGGACAGCCGCGCCGCCUGGGCCAGAUUCGCGCACGCAACCUGGCGGAGAUUGUGGGCAACGAGUACAUUUUCACCGAAAUCCACGCACACUUUGUCGCGCUGCUUCAGCAGCUGGGCACGAUGUUCGGCGGUGUGCCUAUCUCCGAGGACCGCUUUGUUUGCAGCACUGUCGGCGACGAGGAGGGCGCAACGACCACCCAGCCUGUCCUCGUGUCGCAUGGCACCGAGCGUUCGAAGAAACGCCAGUCCGUCUCCAAAUAUGACGGCAAUGAUCUCGAAAUGGCUAAACUUGACAUUGCCUCCGGCCCCCAGCCGAUUCCCAUUACCACCACUCGCCGGUCAGUCGUGGCCUAA